CUCGCUUACUUGUCGUACCACACCAGUGAACCCUCAGCCGAGCAGCCCACUUCCGCUCUUUCUCUCAACCUUUAAUGGCCCAGGCGACCCUCGCCGCCGCGAGAUUCCCCGCGUCCGUCGCGCUCCUCCGCACCCGCCGCUCACCGGCGAUCGCCGCGCCCCUCUGCCCGUCCGGACUCCGCCACCGCAGCCGCGGCUUCGCGAUGGCAGCCGCGCCCUCGCCCGCGCCCGUGCCGGCCUCCGAUCCGCCUCCCAAGGGCGCUGAUUUAUUUUUCCGGUCAGUUCUCUCAAAGAUGCAAAAAGUUUACUUGAGCAGGAACCCAACAGCAGAAAAGAUUCUGGGCCUUGUCCAUUCUUAUGAUGGGGACCACAUUUGCUUUGAUCAUUUUGCUUUCAGAACAUUUGGGGUUGAUGGUUAUGGUAUAAACUCACUUGCUGAUUUUUUCAAUGAUUUUGGUUACGAGCCUCGGGAAGAACUAAGGUUUCCUGCAAAAAAACUGAGAGCACUAUGGUUUUCUCCUCCCAAGAGUGAUGGAUACACUGGAACUGGUAUAUCUGGACCUUUGCCAAGGAUAUUCAUUUCCGAACUUCUUGUAGAUGAGCUGAGUGCUCCAAGCCAGGAAAUUAUAUGCAAAUACAUUAAAACUUCAGCUAAAGGAAAUAAAUAUGCUGUCCUUGCUAGUACAUCUGGGGAGCUGACAUGGGAGAAGCCCAUUUAUUCUGAUUUCCAGGCAUUAUCUAGGGAAAGUGAAUAUGCUGCAUGGACUCUUGUUAAUGGCUAUGCUCUGAACCAUGCCACUGUUUCCACCCAUCGCUUAGAAUCGGAUAUCAGAAGUAUUAGUAAGUUCAACAAAUUUGUGGAGGACAAUGGGUUUAAGUUAAAUACAGAAGGAGGGAUCUUGAAAGUGAGUCCUGAUGGUCUCCUUCAGCAAAGCUCAACUGUAGCUGAUUCAUCAUUAUUUACUUUUGCUGAUGGAAUCACUGAAUCUAUUCCACGCUCCUAUAUUGAAUUUGCUGAACGCCUGCCACUCCCACAGUUCAAAGAUUUGCAAGAUAAAGAGGUCAAGGAACACCACAGACGCGAUGGUUUUGAGGUAGGCAAUGCAGACAAGAUAUUUGAGAGCACGUCAAGGGAUCAGCUUACCCGAAGGUCUGCAUAGACGGUGACUCUCGAUCGACCAUUCUGCAGGCGACGUGCCUCUUGGAAGUGUGUUGAAAGUCUGUGUUGUGUAAUUACUGUAUAUACUACAUUGCCUGAAGUGUGUUGAAAAUCAGAGGCUCAAUAAAGAAAAAUAUUUCCUAA